AUGUUACCUCAUGUCUGUUCAAGGUCUUAUAAAAAGGCUGGUGAACUAGUAGUGAAAAAUUCCUUUUUUGCUCUGGAGCGAGAGAAGAUUAAGCAGGCGUUCAUCUUAUGGUUAGAGGAAAACCCACUUCUGCAAGAGAACUUGAUCAAGAGCUACAUUGGUGAAUUUUGGCGAGUGUGUAUGACGACUAUUAUGAACAAUAUAGAACUCCCUUCACAACUAAAGAACGGCCUCAGCAAAAAGUCACUAGUGUAA